GACUUGUUAGCAAGUUUCUCUAUUGUGCCGAGUUGAACUAUUUUGAAGCAAUGACCUUGGGGCUCCUUGGCAAUAAUGGCAGCAGGCUGUGCUUCCCCCAGACAAAGCACAAAGAACAUUCUUUUUAAAUGCAUCUGCCCAAUGUGUGUGGAAGUAAAAUCUAAACCAAAAUAGUGGUGCAUCGGUAUUACAGUUCUAGGACUAUGCUUCCUUUAGUAACUGUUGUCAGCAAGUGCCGGUGUAUUUAAAUGAAACCCCUGCUGUGGUGCCGUUACCAUUCCACCACAAAGGGUGCACCCUGCUGUGGGACUGGUGGUGAAAUCGUUCAAAAAGCUUCACGCUGUAAUAUCUCUUAUGGCUUUGAGGUCCUUCGGCCUCGCCCCCUCCUUGAAGUUGUCAUUGUGGGGAUCUAGUGCAGCAACUCUAUCCUCCAAGAGAAACGUCAACAUGCCAACAUGGAUGACAAAAAGAGCUGAUGAGGACAGUGGCUGUGACAGUGAGAUUGUAAAUAGUAUGUAUGAGACAGACCCUGAUCUCCUGGCUGGUGAAAGUGCAGAGGAGGAAACAGAGGACAGUAUUAUGUCCCCUAUCCCCGUCGGACCUCCAUCACCUUUUCCUACCAGUGAGGACUUCACCCCCAAGGAAGGCUCACCUUAUGAAGCUCCCGUCUACAUUCCUGAUGACAUUCCAAUCCCGCCAGACUUUGAACUGAGAGAAUCCUCGAUUCCAGGGGCAGGGCUGGGGAUUUGGGCCAAAAAGAAGAUUGAAGUUGGGGAAAGAUUUGGACCUUACAUGACAAUACCAAGGACCACGUUAAAGGAAACAAACUUUGGAUGGGAGCAAGUCCUGACUGAUCCUGAGGUGGCAUCCCAAGAAGGCUGUAUAAAAAAGAUCGCUGAUGACCUGGGAAAUGAGAAAUUCUGUGCUGAUGCUAAUCAGACUGGUGCUGGAAAUUGGCUGAAAUACAUCCGAGUGGCCUGUUCUUGUGAUGAACAAAAUCUAGCUGUAUGUCCUGUUAAUGACCAGAUCUAUUAUAAAGUUAUUAAAGAAAUUGAGCCAGGAGAAGAACUGCUGGUGUAUAUGAAGGAAGGUGCCUAUUCUCUUGGGAACAUGCCACCUAGUCUGGAAGAAGAGCACACAUUUCGUUGUGAGGACUGCGAUGAACUCUUCCAGUCGAAGUUGGACCUGCGGCGACACAAGAAAUAUGCCUGCAACUCUGUCAACUCGCUGUAUGAGACACUGAAUGAGGAGCUCAAACAGGAAGGGUUAGGCGACGGGCAGGUCUAUGAGUGCAAAGACUGUGAGAGAAUGUUCCCCAAUAAAUACAGCUUGGAGCAGCACAUGAUAAUCCACACUGAGGAGAGGGAGUACAAGUGUGACCAAUGUCCAAAGGCUUUCAACUGGAAAUCAAACCUGAUUCGUCACCAGAUGUCACAUGACAGUGGCAAACGAUUUGAAUGUGAAAACUGUGUGAAGGUGUUUACUGACCCCAGCAACCUCCAGCGGCACAUCCGUUCCCAGCACGUUGGUGCGCGAGCCCAUGCCUGCCCGGACUGUGGCAAAACCUUUGCCACCUCGUCUGGCCUCAAACAACACAAGCACAUUCACAGUACUGUCAAACCUUUCAUAUGUGAGGUCUGCCACAAAUCCUACACGCAGUUCUCCAACCUCUGCCGCCACAAGCGGAUGCACGCGGACUGUCGCACCCAGAUCAAAUGCAAGGACUGCGGCCAGAUGUUUAGCACUACCUCCUCUCUCAACAAGCACCGGCGCUUCUGCGAGGGCAAGAACCAUUACAACACAGGGGGGAUUUUUGCCCCUGGCCUACCUUUAACGCCCACCUCCAUGAUGGACAAAUCUAAACCCUCACCCAACCUCAACCAUGCCAGCCUGGGAUUCAAUGAUUACUUUCCAUCCCGACCUCACCCAGGGGGUAUUCCGUUCUCGCCUGCUCCCCCAGCAUUUCCUGCCCUUACUCCAGGAUUCCCAGGGAUUUUUCCUCCCUCUCUAUACCCCAGGCCCCCUUUGUUGCCUCCCACACCUCUGCUCAAGAGUCCCCUCAACCACACCCAAGACGCAAAGCUUCCAAGCCCCCUGGGGAACCCGGCACUGCCUCUAAUUUCUGCAGUGAGCAACAGCAACCAGCCCAUCUCAGGGGAGGAGAAAUUCGAAAGCAGCUUGGAAAACUCCUACUUGGACAAGCUAAAAGCCAGGAACAGCGACAUGUCUGAUGGGAGCGACUUCGAGGAUAUCAACACGACCACAGGCACAGACCUUGAUACCACCACUGGCACUGGCUCUGACCUGGAGAGCGAUGCAGAGAGUGAUAGGGACAAAAUGAAAGACAAAAGCAAACAGACUGAGAACAAGCCAGAUUUUGUCAGCAGUUCUGUGUCCACCAGUUCCACCAACAAUGUGAACGAGCUCCCUCUUUUCUAUUCUCAGCACUCCUUUUUCCCUCCCCCAGAAGAGCAGCUGCUACCCACGACGGGGGCAGCCAAUGACUCUAUAAAAGCUAUUGCCUCUAUUGCAGAGAAAUAUUUUGGCCCUGGCUUUAUGGGGAUGCAGGAGAAGAAGAUAGGUUCCCUCCCAUAUCACUCCAUGUUCCCAUUUCAGUUCCUCCCCAAUUUUCCCCAUUCACUGUAUCCUUUUACGGACCGGACCCUCAAUCACAACUUGCUGGUCAAGGCAGAACCAAAGUCACCCAGGGACCUUCACAAAGUGGGUAGCACCAGCUCAGAAUCUCCUUUUGAUCUCACCACAAAACCAAAAGAGAUUAAGCCAAUCUUGCCACCACCCAAGGUCUUGCCGGCCCCGUCUUCUGGGGAGGAACAGCCACUGGAUCUAAGCAUCGGCAAUCGCAUCCGAGCCAGCCAGAACGGAGGGAGGGAGCCCCGAAAAAACCACAUCUAUGGGGAAAGGAAACUAAUGGCCAGUGAAGUACUACCCAAGAUUUCUCAAUCUCAGCUCCCUCAGCAGCCAUCCCUGCAUUAUGCUAAGCCAUCACCCUUUUUCAUGGACCCCAUAUACAGGGUGGAGAAGCGGAAGGUGACAGACCCAGUGGGUGCCCUAAAGGAGAAGUACUUGCGACCUUCCCCGCUGCUUUUUCACCCACAGAUGUCAGCCAUAGAAACCAUGACAGAGAAACUGGAGAGUUUUGCAGCCAUGAAAGCAGACACUGGCACAUCCCUGCAGCCCCUCCCGCAUCACUCCUUCAACUUCCGGUCCCCGCCCCCUACGCUGUCAGACCCCAUCCUGCGCAAGGGCAAGGAGCGCUAUACCUGCAGGUACUGUGGUAAGAUCUUCCCCCGGUCAGCGAAUCUGACAAGGCAUCUUCGGACACACACAGGAGAACAACCGUACAGGUGUAAAUACUGUGACAGGUCAUUCAGCAUUUCCUCUAACCUCCAGCGGCACGUUCGAAACAUCCAUAACAAGGAGAAGCCAUUCAAAUGUCACCUGUGUAACCGAUGCUUUGGGCAGCAGACCAACUUGGACCGACACCUUAAGAAACAUGAACAUGAGAAUGUGCCAGUGAGCCAGCACUCUGGAGUCAUUACUAACCACCUUGGGACCAGUGCCUCCUCCCCAAACUCGGAGCCAGACAACCAUGCACUUUUAGACGAGAAAGAGGACUCGUAUUUCUCUGAAAUCAGAAAUUUUAUUGCAAAUAGCGAGAUGAAUCAAGCAUCAACUUUAACAGAUAAAAGGCCAGAAAUCCAAGACAUUGAUAGCAACUCCCAGUGUCAUGGGUUAGCAAAUGAGAAACCAGAAGAUGUGGAUGAGGAGGAGGAAGAAUUGGAGGAGGAAGAUGACGACAGCUUGACAGGGAAGUCACAGGAUGAAACAGUAUCACCCACGACGGAGCCCCAAGGAACGUUUGAAGAUGAAGAGGAUGAAGAGCCCACAUCCCUCACCAUGAGCUUUGACCAUACCCGAAGGUGUAUUGAGGAGGACGAAGCCGGCUUGUUAGAUUUGGAGCAGAUGCCGAAUUUUGGGAAGGGGCUGGAUCUUCGCAAAGCAGCCGAGGAAGCAUUUGAAGUUAAAGAUGUGUUUAAUUCCACCUUAGACUCUGAGACAAUAAAACAGACUCUGUACAGGCAGGCUAAAAACCAGGCUUAUGCAAUGAUGCUGUCCCUUUCUGAGAACGCUCCCCUUCACACUUCUUCCCAGAAUUCUCUGGAUGCUUGGUUGAACAUGGCAGGAGCAGCCUCAGAGUCGGGGACCUUUAAUCCCAUCAACCAUCUCUGACGAGUCGAGAAGGUGCUGGUUCAGAGUCCGAGUGAGGAGGUGGUGAUGCUGUGACUGCCCUAUCAGAAAUUCUAGCACGCAGAAGAUGGAUCAGAGGGCCGCAGGGAGUCGUCUGGGCUUUUGUCUGGGAGAAUAAACCUGUCACAUCUACCCUACAAUUCGCAAAUUUGUAUCUAUCCACAAGUUGUUGGUUUCUAAUUUGUUAAAAAGAAACUCUCCAAACUGGAUAGCUCUGAAGCAGUCCUAGGAUUCCACCAUCUCUAAGAAUAGUGUAAACCAUAAGUGAAUUGCAAUGGUGCAAUCAAAUACUGGCCCCUUUACAGUUACAAGACAAUAUAACUGAGCCAGCUGGUUUCUGCUGAUAAACUAAAACUUGAAGUCAUUCGACCCCUUGCCCCCCUCACACACCACAUUCACUUCAGUUGAAUAGCAGUCAUGGGGCGGGGGAGAGAUCUAGAACUGAUCCAUCCCUGGUAUAAUUCUGAUAUAGUCACCAGCGUUAUACCAAGGAAUGGUGAAUUUGACCUAUUUUACUUAACUUGGCUCUUUGAAAGAGUGUGAAAUUCUGCACCCCCCACAACAGCACUCAUCUUUACACUGCAAAGUGUUGUUGUGAGUCGCUGUUGUGGGAAGCCACGCUCCCCAACAUGCAAUGUCCAAACAGGGCUAGCUUCUGCCAAGAGCAAAAAUAAUUGGUGCAGGAGCGUUGCUGGGGCAGCUCAUACAUGCACACAAAUACAUAGACAAUGCCCCGUAAGCUCGACCCUAGAAAGCUGCUAUGUAGUUUCUCUCCCAGAGGGUCUUUCAAAUGCUCUCUCUUCAAAGUUGGGGGAGAAACCUCUGCCCUGUGCCCUUGUGUUGGUUUGCUGGUGGUUGCUUAUGCCAAGUACCCUGCCAUCAUUUACCCCAUAAUUUUGAAAAUAUGGCUAAAAAAAAUCCUUGUUUUUAAUAACCUUAUGAGUGCAGCUCAACUCCUCAAGCAUGUGGCUAAGGAAAUGUAUUUUCUCUCUAGAUCUAAAAUUAAUUGCAAUUUUUACGGAUGAUUUUAAAUUGCUUUGAAGUCUCAGCUCUUUUGCUGACAUAAAGCAGCCUCCAGAAAUCCUGUGACAUUAGUUUGUGCUAUUUCUACAUUGUAAUAACAACCUGGUGUUCUAGCUGUGAUUUUUAUAGGUAAAGCUAAACCUGAACAUAAUUCUGAAAGGGGUUAGAAAUAUUACAAGAAUAACAUUGGCUACUCUGACAUUUUAAUGUGUGCGCUGAGAAAUGUCUAGAUAUGGUGUUACAGAAUCAGGGCUGCCUGAAGGUAAGACAGGUGCCUGCCACCAAGUGAUUUUAAGUUGAAUCAGAGGUGCUACAAACUUGCCCAUCUGAGUGCUGCAUCAGCAACUCACCCAGGAGCCUCCAGAUGCUCUAAGGACCCAAUUCUGUACAAGCCUGACUCUAGCAGUUUUUCCACUGACUUCAAUGGACUUUGGACCAGGCUCCAAACACUUAAAGCUGCAUGUACACUUGUAGUAAGUGCUACACCUAGUAGUCAGUGUUUGCAGAACUGGGUCAAUAGCUGACUUCAGAGAAGCUUCUCACAGAAGUAAACACAUCUACUAGUAAGUGUUUGUGAGAUUGGGCCUCUAAUUUAUAUGUGCAGGAACAGACUGCAGCUGCUCUGCUGUUGAAUAUGAAGAUGCAGAUCAUGGCAGUAGAGGAGGUUCCAGCAUGCAAUGCUCCAUCUGGAAGCAAUUGCUCAGAUUACAGUGGCGCAUUGCAUGCUGAGAUUUGCAGUCCUGAUGGGCCACACGUCAUAUUCCAGAGAAGUCAGCCAUGAGGACUCAGCUGGCCCCUGGGGCUGCACCUCUGUUUGCCACUGGGGUAGAGGGAAUGAAAGGAUAAUUAGCAGCAUCAAAUAAUUCUCCAUAGUUCACCCAGGGAAAGACGACAACCCUCCUGCUAGUUUCUCCAAGUCAUCAUGUAUAUGCGCUGAAGGCUCUGAAUCCAACAGUGAUCUAUACCCUCCCCAGUUUCAAAUGUUUGCACAAAGCUCUUGACUAAGUGUAGCCCAAGAACUGACAAUGUCAAAAGAAACCAGUCUCUAAGAGUCAGACGGAACAUUCCUUUCCCUGGCACGUCUGCCUAUGCUAACAUUACAGUACUUGCCAUUCACUUGGGCUUUAAAUUAUUCCCAUAGGGGCCAAUUUAAAAUAAUAAAAUAAUUGUUUUUUUUCCUAAUGGAAUUUACCUUAAUCUGUAUAUAACUUGUAAUUUUUUUUUAAUUCUUUUCUUAUUUUAUUUCUUCCUUAACAGUAUUUUUUGCAUUGGAUAUCAUUAUUGUGAAGAAAUAAUGUUAAUAUAAGUAUCUAGUGAAGGACCAAAAUUGUGUAAUUAAGGUUGUAUGUUGUAUGAUUGAUAACCAGGGAGUAGAUUUUUUUUAUGUGCCAAAUGACCCUAAAUAAUCCUGCUAUUCUUGCUGCCGCUUUUCCCGACAAUCAUGUUUUGUUAAAUUUGAGUUUCAAUUACAUUUGCAUGUAGGAUGUGUUCUAUUUAUUUCUUUUAUUGUUUGGAAAAAAUAUCACAACAAGAAAACAAAAACAAAACAAAAAACCCUUCCAACAUGCCCUUAAUAAAAAACAGAAGAAACAAACUAAAAAGAGAGAGCGAGCGAGAGAGAAAUAAAGCAACAAAAACUGUAAAUAAAAACAACUGUGAAAUUCCAUAUUGUAGCCAGGAUGGCAUGCAAUGCAAAUGUGCCAUAUUUGGGGGAGGGAGGGGAGAAAUCAGUGCUUAUUUUUAUAAAGGAAUGGAAACAAAAUCCCAUCAGUAUAAUUUUUGUUAACUAUAAGCAAUCUUUGCCUUGUAAAUACCUGACAUACAAAUGGAGCAGUGUAGAUGGGUAGCUGCAGGAUAACACUGAUUCAGUUGGCAUUUGUAGCCAUUUACAAAAGUAACUGGUAUAAUUACCAGAACUAAAAGGUGGCUCUUCUAAAAAUAAAAUGGUAUAGUAUAUAGCGAGGUUGUCAGCAAUAUUAUAUCACUAAAAUAUUCACUCUUUCGAGAAACAAACAUACGCCAGAAGAACCCUGCAAGGUGAAGUUUCAUCCUGCAAACGUGUAGUUUUAAAGUAAAUCAAUGGGACUAUGUAUGUGUUUGCAGGAUUAAGGCUCAGAGGCCCACUCCUAUCAACACUAUCACCGACAGUGCUUACCACAUAGUACUCCCCACAGUAAGCACUUAAGCACAUUCUUAACCUUAAGCAUAGGAGCACAUCUGUCCCUAUUCAGUUAAAAUGGGUAAGCCUGUGCUUUGAAAUCAAUGGGACUACUACAUGCUUAAAGUUAAGCACAUGCUAAUGUCUCUUUCUGGAUCGGGGCAAGAGUGCUCUGCAUUUUGCAAGAUCAAGCCCUAAGAGCAGAAGUAGGUAUUUGCAGGGUCCGAUCCUAAGUUUUGUCUGUAAGUAGUUGGCAUGGGUUUUUGAAGAGGGGGUCAGCCUUGCUUCUCCAUGUAUGGGGAUAACUUGCCAUGGUGACUUCAUCUCCAAAUCAUGGGCAAAGAUCUUAGAAACAGAAAUGUUUUUUUGUCUUCCCUCCAGUCUGUGGACACUGCCCUGUUAUUUGUUGCAUUGUUUCUUCAAAAGAACAAUGUGUUAAAAGCUCUUAAUUGUGCCUGACAAUGAGCAAUAUCUGUUUACCUUCUAGGGACCAGGGUGUGCCACCAUUUCUGGGGCUGAGUAGCUUACUGAUUUGAACAGGGCUCUUUGAGGAGUUCGUUACCAAUCACCAUGAGUAAGGGUGACACAGUCUAGCCCUAUAUUAAGAAGAUGAAAUUUUUUUAAAUCAUAAAAUGAUUUUUUUCUGUUUCCUGUUACUUAAAAAACAAAAAAAGACCACACUUUGUUUCCUUCCUUUUCUUCUAGCUGGUCUCUGUCAAUUUAAGUAUCCAGACUUCUCUAAACCAGCACUGGCUACACAUUUUAAGAUUUUUUCCAAGCAAGAUAAGCAAAUACAAUGCCUAAUCCAAUUUAUGUUUAUCCUUUAGCCCCUUCUUUAAUUGCACUCAAAACGUUGCGAUUUGUAGCUAAUGUUUUUGGGGCUUUAUCAAAAAACCAAUCGCUUAUUUUGAAGGAUGUUUCCUGAGACUUGCUUAUGUCAAGAAUAAAUAGAGGCAAGAAAGAUCCCACAAUCAGAACUUAGACUCUCCUUUAGAACUAGCCAGGGGAAGGAUCUGGGACCUCUGCUGCAGCUAUGUAGCUCAUGUGCACCCUACACCACUAACAUAUUAUGCUCAGGAACCAAUGCUGUUGAUGUGGUACAUCAAGGGGUGGAGUUAGAGUGAUUUCCAUAAGGCCUGGUAAUUGUUUGAAAUCAACGGUACCAUCCAAGAGGUGAUUAUAACUAAGAAUUUUGUUGGAUGGGGGCUAUUUAUUUUACCUGUUUUCAUGUCUGCAGCAGGUAGCCAUAUUGCCAUAAUAGCGGGGGGUGAGAAAUGGGACCUGCUGUGUUAUUGUUCAAAUCACUAGGUGGAUCCAAGGAGGCUAUUAGCAGCCUCUGGCUAUGCCAAACUGUUCAGUACUGCUGAAAUAAAACUGUAAGACGGAAGGACCCUUCCUUCUACUGAUUGCUACUUUAUUUAGAAAUUUUAUAUAUGAGCUAAUUAUAAAAACAAAAAAAAAUUCCUGCUACUCCUUUCUAUUGCUCACUCAGAUACCAGCAUUCAAAAUAAUGAUAUUAAUCACUUGGCAGAUACAGAAUGUUCAAGGUGCAAUGCAACUGCUGUGCUACGGAAUGUGCCAGGUCCAUCCAGGUACAAUGCACUUGUUUUGUUUUUGGACGAUCCAGGUAUGUCCAGGUAGAAUGCACCAGAUUUGCUGUUAGACAUACAGGCAUGUUCCUGUUGAAGACACUUGCUGGGCUGCUGGUGCCUCCUUACAGAAGGCAUCUACUGUGUUGCUGAACAUACCAGCUGGGUCCGACAUGCCCUUACAUCACUGGAUGAUCAGAGCCCAGCCGGCAGAGCAGCAUGCUAGCAGCAAACCAAACUGAAAGGGUUAAGAACAAAACAUGAGCUGAAAUGCUACACUGCAUUCCAGGACAAAAAACAAAGUUAGGAUUUUCUGUCUUGCUCAAAACGAUUAGUGGAGCCUCUCGAUUUCCCCAAAAUCAGCACUUAGAAAUUCAAUAGUUAUUGAAAACUGCUUCUCUUUUUCAUUUCAUAUGAAACAUUUAUGAAAGCACUUGCACAAUGACAUAUUAACAUGUUUAGACUCUAAGCAUCAAAGCACUGGACUGUAAGCCCCCUCUCACCCCUCCAGCCUAUUUCAAUCUACUGACUUACAUUCAAUUUUUACGUGCUGUAUUUUGUGUGUGUGUGUGUGUGUGUGUGUGUGUGUGUCUGUGUGUGUGUGUGGUGGGGAUGGGGGGGAAGCAUCAUGGUGUAGGAACCUGCACUUUGCUGCCUGUUUAAAAACAAGCAGGAGUGAAACAAUCUGCUCAGAUUUGUGUUGGUAACAUGAGGGCAAAAGCUCUGCUCCUAGUUGAUGGUCAGUAGUGUUUAAAGCCAUGAAACUGUUUCUCUGUAGUGUUGAGUGAUACUGUGAUUAAAAUGUUAUUGCAUUAUUCCAAUAUUUUUUCUUUAUUCUGUCAUUGAUUCUUAUUACCACUUUUGGAAAAGAACGAAAAAGAGAGAGGAAAAGAAAAAGGCAGCUUUGAUUUCCAAAUGUGCAAUUCACGUGUGAACAAAGUAAUUCUGAAAAUAUUUCUCAAUGUGUUUUUACGUUCUCGUCACUCUCUUCAAAAGUAAGAGUUGUUUUGCCCUGAUGUCAUUUUCAGCCUGCAGAAGAUGUAAUUUAAAACAUAUAUAUAUUAUGCUUGCAAAAAUCAUAAAUCUGUGCAUCAUAUGUCAUUCCUUCUCCCAUUGUUACAAUACAGAUUUUAUUUAGGGUUUGUUUGUGUUUUUCCUUUAGAACUGUAUAGUGUUUUGUUUUUUUUUAAAAAAAAUCAAUUGUAAAUGUCUGGUUUUCAUAUGUUUAAAAAACAUUGAGAAAGAGGAUGGUGCUUGUUCCAUAUCAUUCUUGAUUGUAUAUUGCUUCUGUUAUGUUUAUAAGUAAACUGUGCAUGACUUGUGUUUAGCAGUCAUUAUUGUGUCUGUUUGUGAAAUUUUUAUCAAAAAGAAAAAAAAUUCUGUAGAUGCACUUAUUGUAUAUGUGAUUAGGUUUUGCGUCCAAGGCUAGGAGCCUUGAACUGCCAAGGAAGGAAAAAAAAGAGAUGGCAGUUAUUAAUUAAUAUGAAAUCGCUGUGUUGGGAGCAUAAUGAAAUAAAAGAUAUGAAGUGUAGAAAA